ACAUUUUCCAAUUUUAAAAAUUUAAUAUUCACUGUAACAUUAAAUAAUGAGUUUUCUUUAUAAUUUCAUUUCCUCAACCCUUCUCUUUCUCUGUGUCUGUCGAACUUUUUUGUUUUCUGUUUGCCUGACUCGAAUUUCUAUUUCAUUCUUUUCUUUUAUCGUUUUCUCGCCGCACUUCUGUUCCUGCUAUCAGAUCAGGUAGGGAAGGGAGGAAGGUUAGUAGAGCCAUCCCAUGUGUGGACUUUUGACUUUGCUGUGAUCGGAGGGGGUUUAAUAUAGGAUGGGGCAGUGUUACGGAAAAGUUAAUCAAUCGGGAGGAAAUGAAGGGACGACCACCACAGUGGUGGUUUCAGCUGAUCGGGAUGAAACUUCGGUACAAUCGGCUAAUGGUGCUGCUAAUGUUCCUUCAGUGAAGAAUACUCCAGCUAGGUCUUCGAGCCAGAGUCCAUGGCCCAGUCCGUAUCCGCACGAAGUGUCUGCAAGUCCGCUUCCUCCGGGUGUAUCGCCUUCUCCGGCGAGGACCUCAAGGGGUUCGACUCCGAGGAGAUUCCUCCGGAGGCCGUUUCCGCCGCCUUCUCCUGCGAAACACAUAAAGGCCUCUCUGGUGAAGCGGCUUGGCGGUAAGCCGAAGGAAGGACCUAUUCCUGAGGAUCGGGGAACUGAGCCGGAGCCGGAGCAAGCGUUGGAUAAGAACUUUGGUUAUGGCAAGAAUUUUGGAGCUAAGUAUGAGCUUGGAAAAGAAGUCGGGAGGGGACAUUUUGGUCACACUUGCUCUGCUAGAGGUAAAAAGGGUGAGCUCAAGGAUCAACCUCUUGCUGUUAAGAUCAUCUCAAAAGCUAAGAUGACAACAGCAAUAUCAAUUGAAGAUGUUCGAAGGGAGGUGAAAAUAUUAAAAGCACUAUCAGGACAUAAGCAUCUGGUUCAAUUUUAUGAUGCAUGUGAGGAUGCCAAUAAUGUGUACAUAGUCAUGGAAUUGUGUGAAGGUGGAGAGCUAUUGGACAGAAUUUUGGCUAGGGGAGGAAGGUACACUGAGGAAGAUGCAAAAGCUAUAGUUGUACAAAUUUUAAGUGUGGUUUCAUUUUGUCAUCUUCAAGGAGUUGUGCACCGUGACUUAAAACCAGAGAACUUCCUUUUCACUUCUGGUGGUGAAGAUGCUGACAUGAAACUGAUAGAUUUUGGUCUUUCUGACUUUAUUAGGCCAGAUGAAAGGCUCAAUGAUAUAGUUGGAAGUGCUUAUUAUGUUGCUCCUGAAGUUCUGCAUAGAUCUUAUAGUCUGGAAGCAGAUAUAUGGAGCGUUGGAGUAAUCACCUACAUCUUGUUAUGUGGAAGCCGGCCUUUCUGGGCACGUACUGAAUCUGGAAUUUUUCGUUCUGUGCUAAGAUCUGAUCCCUAUUUUGAUGAUUUGCCCUGGCCAUCUGUCUCGCUGGAGGCCAAAGAUUUUGUUAAGAGACUCUUGAACAAGGAUUACAGAAAAAGAAUGACUGCCGUUCAAGCUUUAACUCAUCCUUGGUUGCGUGAUGACAGUCGUCCUGUCCCUCUUGAUAUACUGGUCUAUAAGUCAGUUAAGUCAUAUCUGCAUGCAACACCAUUCAAACGAGCUGCUCAAAAGGCUCUUUCAAAAGCAUUGACCGAUGAUGAGCUGGUUUAUCUCAGAGCACAAUUCACGCUGUUGGAGCCGAAUAGAGAUAGAAGUGUCUCUCUUGAAAAUUUUAAAAUGGCACUUGCUCGAAAUACUACUGACGCAAUGGGUGAAUCAAGGGUACCAGACAUUCUUAAUAAUUUGGGAACACUUGCAUAUAGGAAAAUGUACUUUGAAGAGUUUUGUGCUGCUGCAAUUAGCACACAUCAAUUGGAAGCAGUUGAAGGUUGGGAGCAGAUUGCAUUCGCGGCUUUUGAACAUUUUGAACAGGAGGGCAAUAGAGUAAUCUCAAUUGAAGAAUUGGCGAGGGAGUUGAAUGUUGGCCCUUCAGCUUAUUCAUUCCUCAAAGACUGGAUCAGAACCUCCGAUGGAAAGCUAAGUUUACUUGGGUAUACAAAAUUUUUACAUGGUGUGACGCUUCGUAGCUUAAAUACAAGGCAUCAUUAAUCUAUAACCUUUGGAUAUAUACAGUUCUUAAAAUUCAUGGCAUUUAGAAAUGACUUGUGAUAAUUUUUUUCAAAAAGUUAUUUUUGCAUUAGGAGGAAAAAUGUGCAUAAGUGAAUAUUAUUAGUGAGAUCGUUGAGGAAAAUUUACAGUGAGAAUAUGGUUUUUGUUGGUUCCA